CUUGGACUUUGUUUUGUGAAAUACUUCAUGGUGCUAUUGCUCUUGGACUCAUCCUGUCCUGAUGUUGAUAUUUGCUAUAAAGUCUGCAGAGAUGGCAUCAUAUAUGCAUAUAUGAGGAUUAAUUGUGUGGGAAUAGGGCAAAUUGUUCGGAAUCUGAUAAAAAUAAAAAUUGGUCCAUAUGUUGUGAGCCGUCGAUUCGUCCCUUCUUUACCACAUCCAUUCGUGAAUUUCGAACUGGCUUACGUGGGCCAUCCGCAUUGAAUUCUGUGGUAACGUGGUGGAUAAACUCCUACAAAGCACGUCCGUCCCAAACUCCCAAGUACUUCCUCCCUCCCUGUACUAAUCCUUGUGGCCAUGUCGUUUUCUGCUGUCGCUGUGUGCCAUCCAGAACGUUUGGUGUCAGUCUUGGCUGAGUAGAUAAACCCUCACUACGUGGCUUAAUCUCAUUUGCUAUGCCUCCCUUACUUCCCCAAUCCAGAUAAUAUCACAACCAAACAAGUUUGCUUGGCAUAGCCAUAGGCAUGACUCUGUGCUUCGACAAAAUACAUAGAAUUUCGACCCUUGAAUUGGAGAGGGUGGGCUUCCUCGGCUUCUCUUUCUCUUAUCGAUGGCUCCAACCCUCACGGCCAAUUCGUUUCUUCUGAUCCCAACGCCGCGCUCGAGGCUCACAGUUUUCUCCAAGCAGUCUGGUCCUUUCCCUUCACUUAGUUUUGGGAAGAGUAACGACUCCGCGUCCUCCGCAGAGACUCAACCGGAUGGUUCGGGUAAUAGCAACCCUUUUUCUUUCAACUUCGGGAAGGUGCCGGACGUCAAGGCUUUGGUCCCAGCUGUGAGUAACCCUUCUUCGGCCUUGUCAUUUAGUUACCUAAGACGUAAGGAUCCCGGCACGGUGUUUGUCGCUGGCGCUACUGGGCAGGCUGGCAUUCGCAUUGCGCAGACUUUGCUGCGCGAAGGUUUUAAUGUCAGGGCUGGUGUGCCGGAGCUCGGUUCUGCCCAAGAGUUGGCUAGUCUUGCUGCCAAAUACAAGAUCAUAUCAAACGAAGACUUGAAACGCCUUAAUGCCGUCCAAUCCACCUUCCAAGAUGCUGAAUCGAUAGCCAAGGCCAUUGGAAACGCUAGCAAGGUCGUCGUCACGAUAGGCUCCGCCGAGAAUGGUCCCACAUCCGAAGUCUCCACGUUGGACGCCUUACAAGUAAUCCAGGCAGCCCAGCUCGCUGGAGUUAGCCACGUGGCUAUUAUCUACGACGAGAGCCCCGGGGGUGCAUCAACAUACAACGUACUGGAUGGCAUCUCCACCUUCUUUAACAACUUCUUCUCGCGAUCACAGCCGUUGAGCGUGCCCGAGUUUUUGCAGAAAGUCAUCGAAACGGACGUCAGCUAUACGUUCAUGAAGACGAGUCUGACAGAAGACUUUUUGCCCGAGAGUUCCUACAACGUUGUGGUGGCAGCCGAGCGAAGCGCUGGUGCAAACGACUACAAAGUAGCCAAGUCGAAGAUAGCAUCUGUUGUAGCCGGAGUGUUCUCAAACACAGCAGUAACUGAAAAUAAGGUUGUGGAAGUUUUUGCAAAUCCAUCAGCCCCCUCAAAGCGUGUAGACGAGCUUUUCAGUGCCAUUCCUGAGGAUGGAAGAAGAAAAGCAUAUGCUGAAUCUCUUGCCAAGGCCAAAGCAGAGAAAGAGGCAAUGGUAGCAGCUGAGAAAGCUCGAGAAGCAGUUGAAGCAACAAAGAAACUCGAAGAAGAGGUGAAAAAGUUAUCUGAGCAAGAAGCUCGGGCUGCAACUCUUGCCCAAGAAGCAAAAGGGCAGGCAGAAGCUGCUGGAGCUUCAGUAGAAACCCUUCUGAGCAAAGCAAAAGACUUCGGGGCAGGGCUGUCUUGGGAAAAGUUUAGUUCCCAGCUCACAAACGCAGCUCAAAAUCCUGAAGAGAAACCGAAAGUGCAGCUUGCAACUGUUAGGGGACAGGCCAAGGCUCGGUCUUUGCCAGCCAUGAAAGCGGUUGUUAAACAGCCUAUAUUCAAGCUUCCUGAUUUGAAACCAAAGGAGAAAUCUAAGCCAAAAGGCAAACAGCCUGAGGACAAGAAAGAAGUCAGGAAGGUAUUUGGCGGCCUGUUUUCACAAGAAACUAUAUAUGUUGAUGAGGACUAAGACGUGACUUUGUGAUCGAUCCUGUCUUCCUUGAGGCUGUUUUGGUUAUGAUUGGUGUAAUAUUUGUAAUUUUUAUUGUUGUUGAAAGGUGGUAAUUUUAUGAGUUUCAGCAAGAAACUCGUACUGAAUUUAAGGCUGACAAUGAAUUUCUCUAAUCAUGUCUAGUGUUUGCAUUUUCCCCUCAGUUCAAUAUAUCUUCGCCUCCCCUGUUUGCAUGUGUAUUACAAUGAAAUGCAGAUUUCUUGGGUUUCACUUUAA